UUUUUUAAAUAAAAUGGCCCAUGCAGGUCAUUGGCUAAGCCAUUGAGUAGACUUUUAGAGGAGGCUUGUUUGCACUCCUACUUAAACCUCAUAGUAGAAGUCAGCAUUCCCACAGGUGAAGAAGAGAAUGGAGAAGGAGAUCAUGGCAGUGAGAGAAAGAGAACACUCUGUCAUGAUUCAGGUCGACGAAGGUGGUGGCGAUGGUAAGGACAGUGCCAAGAAAGUGGAGACUGUUGUGCAUGUUGAAGGAGAGAAGAGACAGGUUGAGGUUAAGACCAGAAGUAGAAGGGUGGCAGCACUGGAUGCUUUUAGAGGCCUAACUAUUGUUUUAAUGAUAUUAGUCGAUGAUGCUGGAGGUGCGUAUGAGCGGAUCGAUCACUCACCGUGGAAUGGAUGCACACUUGCUGACUUUGUCAUGCCUUUCUUUCUCUUUAUUGUUGGAGUUGCCAUAGCUCUUGCUCUCAAGAGGAUCCCAAAUGUCUCUGAUGCAAUUAAGAAAGUCAUUAUCAGAACACUAAAGCUUCUCUUCUGGGGUCUGCUUCUUCAGGGUGGAUACUCCCAUGCUCCUGAUGAUCUCUCCUAUGGUGUUGACAUGAAGCACAUCAGAUGGUGUGGCAUCCUUCAGAGAAUUGCGUUGGUUUACUUCAUUGUGGCUAUGAUAGAGAUUCUGACUACAAAACUACGUCCAACCAUCAUAGGCUCGGGCCAUUUUGCCAUAUUCAGCGCAUAUCAUUGGCAAUGGAUCGGUGGACUCAUUGCAUUUGUGUUAUACAUGUUCAUGACGUUCACACUUUAUGUACCAGACUGGAGCUUUGUAUUGCAUAACACAGGCGAUGUAAAUGAUGGAAAGAGAUACACGGUCCAAUGUGGUGUGAGAGGGCACUUAGGUCCUGCUUGCAAUGCAGUUGGUUAUGUAGACAGGCAAGUUUGGGGUAUAAAUCACCUCUAUUCAGAACCUGUUUGGACACGAUCAAAGGCCUGUACAUACAGUUCGCCAAACAUGGGGCCACUGAGAAAAGAUGCUCCUAAUUGGUGUCUCGCUCCCUUCGAACCGGAAGGCUUGCUGAGUUCGAUAUCAGCCAUCCUUUCAGGAGUCAUUGGAGUUCAUUAUGGGCAUGUUCUGAUCCAUUUUAAGGUUCAUUCAGAGAGGCUUAAGCAAUGGCUGCUGAUGGGGGUUGGUCUUCUUAUUUGUGGAAUCAUCCUUCAUUUUACAACUGUCAUUCCUAUCAACAAGCAACUUUAUAGCUUUAGUUAUGUUUGUUUUACGGCUGGGGCAGCGGGAAUUGUUUUCUCAGCAUUUUAUAUACUGAUUGACAUAUGGAGUUUAAGGAUGCCAUUCCUGUUCCUUGAGUGGAUAGGAAUGAAUUCAAUGCUUGUUUUUGUAAUGGCAGCACAAGGCAUCUUUCCUGCAUUUGUAAAUGGGUGGUACUAUAAAACUCCAAAUAAUUCUCUUGUCCAUUGGAUCCAUAAACAUGUGUUUGUUAAUGUUUGGCAUUCAGAAAGGUUGGGUACUCUUCUUUAUGUGAUAUUUGCUGAGAUUGUCUUCUGGGCAGUUGUAGCGGGCAUCCUGCACAGACUGGGAAUUUACUGGAAACUGUGAAAAAUGUAACUUCAAAUCAUUUGGAUGAACUUGUUACAAUGGCUUUUUCUUUUGUUUAAUACUCUGUAUUUGGGUCAUUGAAAGCUAUCUUCAGCUGCAUAUAGUCCACCAGGAAAUUGCAACAAUUGCUUUUGUGAAGAAAAAUCAUUGCAUCGUUUCAUGGUUUAGCUGUUAAAGGCUUAAAAUUGAUUAUAAUGGGAGAAAGCCAUGAAAUCAAAAUAGGAUUAUUAGUUUGAGUAC